AUGGGAAGAAAGAAAAAGUAUAAUAAGGUUAAGAAGGAGCAGGUGUUGUUGUGCUGGAGCUUUCCCCACCAUGGCUGGUACAAGCUCAACGUGGAUGGGAGCUACCGCAGUGGAUCUGGGUGCAUUGCAGGAGGUGGUGUGAUCAGAAAUCAAGAAGGAGAAUGGUUAUCUGGGUUUGCUGCAAAUUUGGGAACAGGCAAAGUUAUUGAGGCAGAGCUUUGGGCCUUAUACAGAGGGUUGGAGCUUGCUUGGAAAUCUGGGUUGGCCCCACUUGAGGUGGAAACUGACUCAACCACUGUUUUGAAGCUUAUGCAUAACCCAGUUGAGGAUAUCUCUAGGGUUGCUCAACCCAGGUUUCUUCCUCCCUCUGUCAUAGAAUACAGAAAAAUAAAGAAAUUGGAGGAAGUGGAUAUUCACAUGGAAGAUCUUGCAUCUGUUAUAUUCACAUGGAAAGUUGACAACUUCUCUAAGUUGGAUGCUGUCAAGCGUUACUCUGACGUCUUCGUCAUCGGUGUUUUUGAAUGGCGAAUCCUUAUGUAUCCAAGGGGGAACAAUGUAGACUACUUGUCGGUUUAUCUGGAUGUUACAGGUUCUUCAACAUUGCCAUUAGGGUGGGCUAGACAUGCGCGAUUCAGCUUGACCAUCGUUAAUCAACUUCAAAGCAGCGAGUCUUUAACAAGGGAUACUGAACAUGUGUUCAAUAAAAGUGACAGUAACUCGGGCUUCACAUCAUUAAUUCCUCUAACAAAUAAGGCACCAUGUUAUGACAAGGUGUCUGCCUCCCAGGAGGAACCAAGUUCUGAGAAGGUUUGCACCGAUAGCCCUGCUAAUCCUCCCAUUGUCAUGGAACAUGAGGAUGUGUCGUCCACACCAGCUGGGGAGCUCAUGGUUUUCAGGGGUUUAAGUGUAAAACAGAAAAAGCUUUUGCUCCACUGCCUGAUGAAAGUUUGUUCCUGGCAUCCUUCUUUAAUAGAAUUCCAAAAGAAGAGAAGUCACAUGUCUACUGAUUGGGCAUUCACAGCUUCAGCCCAACUCCUGCAUUUUUUGAAGAAUACAGAAAAGGUCAAGGAUAUGACAGAUGAUCUCUUAGCACCUAAAACUUUUAUGGGAGGAGCUUGA